AUACUUGCUGAAAGUAAUGGAUUUCAGACGCCUGGACUCCAAUCCUUAUCUUCUGACUUCGAAGUUGGCCUGGAUCCUGCGUCGAACAUGAUAUUUUGUUCGGACUAUCAGAAAAAUGAGGAUAUCAAAAAGAUGCUUGACAGUAAUAAAGAUAACCUCAAGUUGACUGCUAUGCGGCGUGUUGUUGCUAUGGUAGCGAAGGGGAAAGAGUGCUCUGAUCUCUUUCCCGCAGUCGUAAAGAAUGUUGUCUCCAAGGAUCCAGAGGUCAGGAAGUUGGUUUACGUUUACCUGACACGCUAUGCUGAGGAGCAGCAGGAUCUUGCCCUCCUCUCUGUCUCUACUUUUCAGCGCUCCCUCAAGGAUGCCAAUCAGUUAGUACGUGCCUCGGCUUUGAGGGUGCUCUCAUCCAUUCGCAUUCCUGUUAUCGCCCCAAUCCUUAUGUUGGCUGUUCGUGAUGGAGUCGUCGACCUGUCGCCUCUUGAUCCAGGGGAAAAGGAGUCUUUGGUGGAACUAAUCAGCAAGCUCCUAGAGGAUAAGUCAACUGUUGUUGUCGGUAGUGCAGUUCAGGCCUUCGAAGAGGUCUGUCCCGAGCGUCUGGAUCUCAUCCACAAGCACUAUCGAAAAUUGUGCAAUCUCCUAAUGGAUGUUGACGAAUGGGGCCAAAUCGCGAUUAUCAACAUGUUAACUCGAUACGCACGUACACAAUUCCCUAACCCAAAGACCUGUUUGGAGAGCACAUCUACCGUUGGUGCGAGUGGCGAUGCUGCACUGACUAUUUGUCACAACAAGUCUGGACCACCGGGAGAGGAAAGAGUGGGUGCCGUGAGUUUGGAAGACGAAGAGGAUGAUGACGAGGAUACUGCUGGAAGUGAUAACGCGAUGUCAAAUGAGAAGCGGUCUGGGAGUUCCAUUGAUUCUGCAAUGGAAACUAUGCUGCGUUCUGAUUAUCAACUGCUCAUUACAGCCAGUCGACUCUUGCUGCUGAGUCACAAUGCCGCCGUUGUUGUCGCUGUGGCGCAACUCUUCUAUCACUGUGCACCGAAAGAGGAAAUGAACGCUGUAGUGAAGGCUCUCCUACGUAUUUUGCGCUCUACAAAAGAAGUAGAACACGUCGUGCUCUCAAACAUUGCCUCAAUGAGCUUACUCCAUCCCAAUCUCUUUGAACCACACUUGCGCAUGUUCUUCGUAUUCAACAACGAUCCCAUACAGGUCAAACUUUUGAAACUUGAGAUUCUUACCAACCUUGUCAAUACCUCAACCAGUUCGACUGUUCUUCGCGAGUUCCAGGCUUACGUGGACUCAUCAGACGAGGCUUUUGUGCUGGCGACAGUUCAAUGCAUCGGCCGGUGUGCUAGCAUGGUGCCGGAGAUUGCUGAGACCUGUUUAACAGGACUACUGCGCUUGGUAUCCCGUAAAAAUGAGAAUCUUGUGGCUGAGAGCGUAGUGGUGAUGCGCAAACUUUUACAAAUGCAGGUAAGUCUAACUUUUGCUGCAGACUCGAAGGAACGUAAAAAGCGAGUUUGUUUGGACGCUCUUCCUACCUGUGGGAGUGGUGGUGGGGUGUGUUUGUGCGUGUAUGUACUGAAUGCGAACGACGCUGUAUGCUCUGUUAUUAUUGUUGCUGCCAUUUGUGUGCAGACCACGGAUCACAAGGAUGUGAUUGCCCACAUCGCCCAAAUGGCGGAGGAAAUCACUGUCCCCUCGGCCAGGGCAUCAAUCUUGUGGAUGUUGGGAGAAUACGGUCACCGUGUUCCUAAAAUUGCUCCAGAUGUCCUCCGCAAAAUGGCCAAAUCUUUUCCCAAGGAGCAUGUCGCGGUCAAGCUUCAGAUCCUCAACCUUGCAGCCAAGUUGUCUAUAGUGAAUCCCAAACAAACCCUACUAAUUGCGCAGUAUGUUUUCACGUUGGCCAAAUACGACCAAAAUUAUGACGUUCGGGACCGCUCCCGCGUAUUCAGGGCCCUCAUCUUUCCAAAACCGAUCGACCCCGCUAAACCCGAACUCUCAUACCUCACUCGAAACGUGAAAAAAAUCCUCUUGGCCACCAAACCUGCUCCAGUUCUUCGUUCCACCUUCGCUGAUCGUCCGACAUUCCGACUGGGUUCCAUGUCGCAGCUGCUAGGUCGCGAUAUGGCGAAAUAUAAGGAGCUGCCGGAGUGGCCAUUGGUGCCGCCGGAUCCUACAACACGUUGUGUCAGCGCGGCUCCCCCUCAAUCCCACGCUGGCGCCUCCUCUGACCAUUCCGGCCAGAGUAUGAGCAUCAGUCAACAAGAGACCGAAGACGAGGAAUCAAUUGAGGAUAAUGAUGACGUAGAGGAAGACGAGGAGGAGGAAGGAGAGUUUGAGAAUGAAGAGGUCUGGCUCAUUUAUUCACCGUUAACUCAACUUGCUUCCCAUUCUUACUUUCAUCUCCGUCCGAUAUCGUAG